CUACAAAGCCCGGGUGGGCGACGGGGCGCAGAGUUCCCGCAGCGCCGGCACGAAGGCGACGCAGCGCAGUGCCGCGCGUAGAGCGGGAGCGACCCGUGAGUGGACGGGCCCGGCGGCUGGGCCGGCGCCCCUGCUGUCCCGCUCGCUCCCCGCCGCCCCCAAUGAGCGCAGCCUCACGCGGCCCGGGUCCGUAGGCGGCGGGGCGCCCCCCAUGCUGCUGCAGCCCGCGCCGUGCGCCCCGAGCGCGGGCUUCCCGCGGCCCCCGGCCGCCCUCGGCGCCAUGCACGGCUCGCAGAAGGACACCACGUUCACCAAGAUCUUCGUGGGCGGCCUGCCCUACCACACCACCGACGCCUCGCUCAGGAAGUACUUCGAGGGCUUCGGGGACAUCGAGGAGGCAGUGGUCAUCACCGACCGCCAGACGGGGAAGUCCCGCGGCUACGGCUUCGUGACCAUGGCUGACCGGGCGGCGGCUGAGAGGGCUUGCAAAGACCCUAACCCCAACAUCGACGGCCGCAAGGCCAACGUGAACCUGGCCUAUCUGGGCGCCAAGCCGCGGAGCCUUCAGACGGGCUUUGCCAUCGGCGUGCAGCAGCUGCACCCCACCUUGAUCCAGCGGACUUACGGGCUGACCCCCCACUACAUCUACCCACAAGCCAUCGUCCAGCCCAGCGUGGUGAUCCCGGCGGCCCCAGUCCCGUCACUGUCCUCGCCCUACAUUGAGUACACACCGGCCAGCCCGGCCUACGCCCAGUACCCACCGGCCACCUACGACCAGUACCCGUAUGCCGCCUCGCCCGCCACAGCCGCCAGCUUUGUGAGCUAUGGCUACCCAGCCGCCGUGCCCCAGGCCCUCUCAGCCGCGGCCCCCGCGGGCACUGCCUUCGUGCAGUACCAGCCUCAGCAGCUGCAGCCCGACAGGAUGCAGUGAGGGCCGUUUCUGCCCCUGCAACUGCGGCACCAUCACCACGCGCUGGGCGAGUGCCAGCCGAGCCCAGGGGUGCACACCGCACCUGUGCCUCGGGAGACCCUGCGGGACCCCGCCUGCAACCCGGGUGGCCCAGAGACCACUUCUCUUUACACCCAGGACCGUCGCGCCUUGAGGGAGGACUUUGAGAGAAAAGAGUGACCGAGAGCCAUUUGAAGAUCAGCCUGAAUGUCGCGCACGCACUGUCCCCAUCCUCCCGCACCCCUGGAGCCCAUGGGCGGUCCCCCCAGCAUCCUGUGGGGCCUUCUAGACCCUCCACAGACCCCAGCGGCCCUCUGGGGUGAGCAGAGACUUUGUCCCGCUCAGAGAGGCCUUGCUCCAGGGAAGCCCAGGAUCGCGACGUGUGUGGACUGUUGUUGCUCUGUCUGCACAGCUGUGAACCGUGCACGGGGCGGAUCACCGGCCCCCUGAAUUCCCAUUUUCUAAAUGCUGGCCCCGGGGCGCUCCCCCUCCCCCCGGCCCCCAGACACCCAGGUGCGGCAGGGCCACCAGUGACCAGCGACGGGGCAGCUGGCCGUGGUCCUUUACGUCGAAGCACUGCGACUUUUUUUUCUUAUCAUCAUUGUUUUGCUACUAAGAUGAUUCAGAAUUUCAGUCUAUUUUUUCAGCAGAGACUCUCACCACCAAGAAUCCAAAACCUGUUUUUGACUUUGAAAGACUCGCUUUUGUCGAUGGCUCUACACCCGAGGAGCCAGUGAUAGUAUUUCUGUGAUAAGGUGUCUGCUGGCCCGGGUGCCCGAGCCCCUCAGAGGGUGGGCGUCUCCAGACAGUAAGUUGUCUUAAGCUUGUCCCCCUCCCUGCGGCUGUGACGGGGUUGCGGGCAGAGGGGCUGGACCGCAGCGUCCUGGCCGGCAGGGUGGAGGCUCAGAGUGCCCCCCGCGGUGUCGCCUGCUGUGUUUGUACCAGCCCAAGCAGCUGCGGGAUUGAGCUGAGACACAUCUGCUUGCCUUGGGGGUUCGGGGACGGGGGAGGUGACAGUUCCCACAGCCCGCGAUGGGGCUCCUGGAGGGGGAGGGGAGAGUGAGAUGAGGGGACAGGCCCGAGGGGGUUGGGGCGUGCGGGCCGCUCCUGCAGACCUACCUCAGGGAAGUGGGAGGCCUCGGGGCUGCUGCACACGGGCAGGCGCUUCCCUGCACGCCAGGGCAGAGUCAAGGCCCAGAAAGCAAAGUAGCUCAGAUUCUAAUAAUAUUUUUAUUAGAAUGUUCUGAUUAUAAAAAUAAAACUUGUUUUCUUUAAAGAAAAA